GCCCUCUCGAUCAACACAAGCAACAUGAACCCCUUCUUCGACAAUCGGGCACGACAAGCUGCUGCCAAAGCAGCAGCAGCUUCAUCUUCAUCGAAACCAGACAAGAAUCAAGAAGACAAUCGUCUACAGCCAUGGGUUGAGAAAUACCGCCCCAAAUCGCUCGACGAUGUCACAGCCCAAGACCAUACCGUUACUAUUCUCCGUCGAACUCUCCAAUCCGCCAACCUUCCCCACAUGCUCUUCUACGGCCCUCCUGGAACCGGAAAGACCAGCACAGUACUCGCACUCGCCAAACAGCUCUACGGCCCCGACCUCGUCAAAUCUCGCGUCCUCGAGCUCAACGCAUCCGACGAACGCGGUAUCAGCAUCGUUCGUGAAAAGGUGAAGAACUUUGCCCGCAUGCAACUCUCAAAUCCACCUUCAGGCCCGGCAGGAGAAGAAUACAAGAAGAAAUACCCUUGUCCGCCGUACAAGAUUGUCAUUCUCGACGAAGCAGAUUCCAUGACGCAGGAUGCUCAGAGUGCGUUGAGGAGAACGAUGGAGACGUAUAGCAAGAUCACACGGUUUUGUUUGGUGUGUAAUUACGUGACGAGGAUAAUUGAUCCUUUGGCGUCGAGAUGUUCGAAGUUUCGGUUCAAGAGCUUGGAUGAGAGCAAUGCCGGAAAGAGGAUUGAAGAUAUUGCAAAGUUGGAAGGCGUGCAAUUAGAGGACGGAGUCGUGGAGACGUUGCUGAGAUGCAGCGAGGGAGAUCUGCGAAAGGCGAUCACAUUUCUGCAAAGUGCGGCAAGACUGGUGGGUGCUACAGCAAAUGAGGGCAAGGGCGGAGGGAAGAGAAAGAGAAAGACGGUGGAGGAUGACGACGACGAUGCCAUGGACAUUGAUUCAGGACCUUCAGCUUCAUCACAACCUGUCACGGUGUUGAGCAUUGAGGAAAUCGCCGGCGUGAUUCCGGACUCAACAAUAGAUCGGCUCAUCACAGCGGUCACACCCGCGGGAAAGAAGGCUCCGCCGUACGAGCCGAUUGCCAAAGCUGUUGAGGAUCUCGUCGCUGAAGGCUGGUCUGCGAGUCAAAUUGUCACGCAGCUAUACGACAGGGUAGUCCUGACGAAUGAGAUAACGGGCGAUGCAGCGAAGAACAAAAUCAUGCUCGUCUUCUCUGAGGUCGAUAAGAGGCUGGUCGAUGGCAGCGAUGAACACCUGACAGUGCUGGACCUGUGUCUGAGGACCGCUGGGAUACUGGGUGCGGAUCAGUGAACAUGGACAUGCAUUGGAUUGACAUCGUAUUAUACAUGUUUCUGAGCGUUGGCGUUACGGCGCGACUGCAUGGCACCGUCGGUUGACAGAACCCACAAAAUUCUCGCUCUUUUUUACGCAGACCUUUCGAGCACACACCUGCGUGUAGCAGCCUUGGCCAACAUAGCGUAGUGCCGCAUCUCAAGGCAGCUAUCGACGCGAAUGGCAGCCUCCUUCCCGCUUGUAUUUCUCCGCAGCUCAAGCGGCGUCGAGACCCAGUUCACUCAGGAACUUUUCCUCGCAUGCAGCCCACUUCUUGUCGCCGUCAGCAGCCGUUUUCGCAAUUGUUUUCCGGGCGCCGGCGAUAGUCUUGGCC